GUGAUCCAUGAAGUGGCUGCACUUAAAGCGUUGAAACACCCAUUCAUUGUGGAGUACAACGACUCUUUUGAAGAUAUUAUGAAUCUGUACAUAGUUAUGGAGUAUUGCGAGGGUGGUGAUCUUUCUCAGGAAAUUCAAAAGCAUAAAGAUACUGGUGGAUAUUUCACAGAAGAUCAGAUCCUGAACUGGUUUGCAGAGAUCAGCAGUGCUGUGCAACAUGUGCACGAGAACAACAUUCUGCACAGGGACAUCAUGCCACAGAACAUAUUCUUGGACAAAUAUGGGAAGAUUCGUCUGGGAGACUUUGGAGUGGCAAAAACCCUUGAAAGUGACGUGUGGGCUUUGGGGUGUGUACUCUAUGAGCUGUGCGAGCUUCAGCCUGCGUUUCCACACAAGUCAAUGAUGGACCGCUUCAAAGCUAUAGUGGCUGAGCCCAGCCCCACUAUCUCUGGACAAUUCUCCACUGAUCUACGGGAUCUUGUGAGGGAUCUUCUUCAGAAGAAUCCAGGAGAUCGACCCUCUGCCAGUGAUAUAAUGGCGAGACCCUGCAUUCGUAGGAUCCUUUUCCUAAAGGAUCUACACUUUGAAGAAUAUGAGAGGAUUCGUUUGGAAAACUUUGCAACGGCAACCAUUUUAAAAAGUGACGUGUGGGCUUUGGGGUGUGUACUCUAUGAGCUGUGCGAGCUUCAGCCUGCGUUUCCACAAGAAUCGAAAAGAGUCGUCUUCAAAACAAUAGUGGAUGGGCCCCACCCCACUAUCUCUGGACAAUUCUCCACUGAUCUACGGGAUCUUGUGAGGGAUCUUCUUCAGAAGAAUCCAGGAGAUCGACCCUCUGCCAGUGAUAUAAUGGCGAGACCCUGCAUUCGUAGGAUCCUUUUCCAAAAGGACCUACCCUUAGAAAAAUAUGAGAGGAUUCGUUUGGAAAACUUUGCAAUGGCAAACAUUUUCAAAAGUGACGUGUGGGCUUUGGGGUGUGUACUCUAUGAGCUGUGCGAGCUUCAGCCUGCGUUUCCUCAAGAAACGCUAAGAGACCUCUUCAAUACAGUAGUGGACAACCCCACUAUCUCUCGACAAUUCUUCACUGAUCUACAGGUUCUUGUGAGGGAUCUUCAGCAGAAUCCAGGAGAUCGACCCUCUGCCAGUGAUAUAAUGGCGAGACGCUGCAUUCGUAGGAUCCUUUUCCAAAAGGACCUACCCUUAGAAAAAUAUGAGAGGAUUCGUUUGGAAAACUUUGCAAUGGCAAACAUUUUCAAAAGUGACGUGUGGGCUUUGGGGUGUGCACUCUUUGAGCUGUGUGAGCUUCAGCCUGCGUUUCCUCAAGAAACGACGAGAGACCUCUUCAAUACAAUAGUGGACAACCCCACUAUCUCUGGACAAUUCUUCACUGAUCUACGGGAUCUUGUGAGGGAUCUUCAGCAGAAUCCAGGAGAUCCACCCUCUGCCAGUGAUAUAAUGGCGAGACCCUGCAUUCUGAGGAUACUUUGCCUAAAGAGCAUGAUAAUCUCAGAAGACCUGAAGAAGAAGCUAAAAGAGCUGAAUGAAGUUGCAAACAUUUUUGAGAGUGUGCUCAAGGGCACCACUGUGGGCAGUCUGACUGGGUCGGUGGUGGGUGCUGCGGGGGGGAUCACCACCAUAGUGGGGCUUUGUCUCACCCCUGUCACUUUAGGGGCUUCUCUGAUUGUGUCAGGGGUGGGAAUUUGGAUUUCUGCAGCAGGAGCUGCAACUGGAGCUGCUUCCAACAUCACUAACAUGGUGAAGGAGCCCGAGAACCGUCGCACCACAGAGAAUAUUAUCCGUGAAUUAGAGGUGAAGAUUCAGAUUUUGGUCACAUGCUAUAAGCACAUUGAAAGUGGUUUUCAGAGUCUGGAGAACAGCAGAUCCUUCUAUCUAAAUCCUGCCACACGAACCCUGAGGAGUCUUGGUGGUUUGGCGAAGAUCAGCUCCGCAGUUGAGAUGUUCAGGGCAGCAGCACAGGCUGUUAAAAUUGGACGUGCAGCACAGGUGGUCACUGGGGUAUUCGCAGGGCUCUUUCUAGCUGUUGACAUCUUCUUCAUUGUUGAUGAUUCCAGGGCGAUACACGCCAUGAGACAGGGAGGUUCCACGACAUCAGGUGAAUAUGCACGGCUGGUUGAGGAACCCCCCGAAGAAGCCUCUACAGACCAGGCCAGUGGGGCAGGCGAGACACAGGAGGCCUCCCCUGAUGGAGCCUCUACAGGCCCACAGGCCAGUUGGGCAGGAGAGACACAGGAGGCCUCCCCUGAUGGAGCCUCUACAGGCCCACAGACCAGUUGGGCAGGCAAGACACAGGAGGCCAGUAGGACGGCAAAAAAAGAGAAUAAAAAAGCAUUAAAAACCAGGGAGUUUAUUAAUGAGAUCAGAAAGGCAUUCACUGAAUGCAUCUUUUACAAUAAAAUUUACCAUAAAUAA